CUCAAGUAGAGGUAACUCAGGAGGAGGAAGGAAUCUCAAGGGGAGUUAACCCAGGAGGAAAGAAUCUCAAGGGGAGGUAACUGUCUAAGGGGAGAUAAUUCCACCAUGUCUGUACUAAAGGCAGCUGUACUGCUACAGAAGAGCCUGUGUCACAAGAAGGUAGGAUGCAUGGGGUGGAGUCUAAUAUCCUUAAGAGGUGCAUCUGUGGCCUGCAGCCGGAGUUCAUUGUUAGAAAGGCCACGUAAAGCCUCCUUGGUUUUGGAAGACGGCAGCAAAUAUGAGGGGUACUCAUUUGGUUCAGAGACUUCCAUGGCUGGGGAGGUUGUGUUCAACACAGGGCUUGUUGGUUACCCAGAAGCCCUGACUGACCCCAGCUACAGAGGUCAAAUCUUGACCUUGACCUACCCGAUCUUGGGUAACUAUGGCGUCCCAGACACGAAGGCGAGGGAUCAAUACGGACUGAUGCUGAACGUCGAGUCUGAUCAUAUACAUGUAGCUGGAUUGUUAGUUCAGGACUACUCACAUCAACACAGUCACUGGAAUUCUGCCAAAUCGUUAGCUCAGUGGCUCCAGGAAGAGAAGAUCCCGGCUUUGUACGGCAUCGACACGCGGAUGAUCACGAAGAAAGUCCGAGACAAGGGUACUGUGUUAGGCAAAAUAGAGUUUGACGGCGACCCAGUGGAGUUUAUCGAUCACAAUUUGCGAAACCUCAUGUCUGAGAUAUCUACGAAGGAAAUUAAAGUUUAUGGAAAGGGGAAUCCGCUGAAGAUUGUGGCCGUGGAUUGUGGAAUUAAACACAAUAUGGUCCGCAGUCUAAUUCAGAGAGGUGCAGAAGUCACUGUUGUUCCGUGGGAUUAUGACUUCAGUAAGGAUGUCUUUGAUGGUCUUUUCAUAUCCAAUGGCCCAGGAGAUCCUAAGCUAGCCACAGCUACCAUCGAAAAUAUCAGAAAGGUGCUGGAGAGCGAUCGCACGGAGCCAGUAUUCGGGAUCUGUAUGGGAAAUCAGCUGACGGCCCUGGCCGCGGGUGCGAAGACAUACAAACUGCCCCUUGGAAACAGAGGACACAACCAGCCUGUGAUGAAUGUGUUGACUGGUCAAGCCUUCAUAACGUCCCAAAACCACGGCUACGCCAUUGAGAAUGACACCAUCCCACCUGGCUGGGAAGUCCUCUUUGAGAACGUCAACGAUAAGACUAACGAGGGUAUUAUGCACUGUAGUCGCCCCAUUUUUACGGCCCAGUUCCACCCAGAGGCUUGGGGAGGACCCACGGAUACAGAGUUUCUGUUUGACAGUUUCAUAGCUCUGGUCACCAGUGGAGGCCAGAGUGUAGCCGAUGUCAUUAAACCCCCUCCCCCUAAACCAAAAAGGUUGGAUGUAUCUAAGGUACUGGUGCUGGGCAGCGGAGGUCUGUCCAUAGGACAGGCUGGGGAGUUUGACUACAGUGGCUCACAGGCUGUAAAGGCACUCAAGGAAGAGAACAUCCAGACUGUUCUGAUGAACCCAAACAUCGCCUCCGUGCAAACGAACGCUGAGGGCGAGAAACAGGCCGAUGUAGUGUAUUUUCUGCCUGUAACUCCAGCAUUUGUGAAAGAGGUGAUAAAGAGAGAGAGACCAGAUGGACUUCUGCUGUCCAUGGGUGGACAGACCGCGCUUAACUGUGGAAUUGAGCUGCACAGGUCUGGCGUGUUGGAGGAGUUUGGUGUGAGAGUGUUGGGCACUCCAGUGUCCAGUAUCGAAGCCACGGAAGAUCGUCAGAUAUUUGCAGAUAAGCUGAAGGAAAUUGAUGAAAAACUGGCGCCGAGUUUAGCAGUGGAAUCGGUGGAGUCUGCUCUUAAGGCUGCUGAUAACAUUGGGUACCCUGUGAUGGUGAGGGCAGCAUACGCUCUCGGCGGGCUGGGGUCGGGCUUAGCCAGUGACGAGGCGCAUUUGGAAAACAUUGCCAGGAAUGCACUUGCCUUGACCAAUCAAAUUCUGAUUGAGAAGUCGCUGCUGGGCUGGAAGGAAGUGGAGUACGAAGUCGUCCGUGAUGCGGCAGAUAACUGUAUAACUGUGUGUAACAUGGAAAACCUGGAUCCGCUGGGUGUGCACACCGGCGACUCCAUUGUUGUGGCCCCCAGUCAGACUCUGUCCAACAGAGAAUUCCAUCUUCUCAGAGAAACAGCUUUAAAGGUUGUUCGUCAUUUUGGAAUUGUGGGAGAAUGUAACAUCCAGUACGCCCUCCACCCGGAGUCGCUGGAAUACUGUAUCAUAGAGAUUAACGCUCGGCUGUCACGGAGCUCGGCAUUGGCGUCCAAGGCAACAGGAUACCCUUUGGCCUUUAUUGCGGCCAAACUUGCCCUAGGCAUUGAUCUACCAAGUCUGAAGAAUUCCACGACAGAGGCAACGACAGCAUGUUUUGAACCCAGUCUGGAUUACAUCGUGACAAAAAUACCUCGUUGGGACCUAGACAGGUUUCAGCACACGUCAAAAGAGAUCGGAAGUUCUAUGAAGAGUGUGGGAGAGGUUAUGGCCAUAGGCCGUACUUUUGAGGAGAGUCUACAGAAAGCCUUGCGAAUGACUCACCCGACAAAUGAAGGGUUCACUCCCAGCCUGCCCGCAGGUAAAGACUACCCAGCCGAGUUUAAUUUGGAGGAGAAUCUCACCAUGCCCAAUAACAGCAGGAUACACUACCUGGCUAAGGCUCUUCACAGCGGUUACACUGUGGAGGACAUUCAACAGCUGACUGCCAUAGACAGAUGGUUUCUCUAUAAACUACAGGGCAUCGUUAACAUCAGCAAACACCUGGCCACCUGUCACAGGUAUGAUAAUUCAACCUUUUAGAUGAUGUUGAGAUGGAAGUGUUGACGGCUGGCCAAACAGGCAGGCUUUUCAGACAAACAGAUCGGGUCUUGUCUGAAGAUGUCUGAAAAUGAAGUCAGAGAGCUACGUCUGAAUCAUGGGAUUAAACCCUGGGUGAAACAGAUCGACACAAUGGCUGCUGAGUACCCAGCCAAAACCAACUACCUCUACUGCUCCUACAAUGGAAUGGAACAUGAUGUGUCAUUUGAAGAUCACGGGUCAAUGGUUCUGGGGUGUGGCCCCUACCACAUAGGUAGUAGUGUCGAGUUUGACUGGUGUGCCGUGUCUUGCAUUCGACAACUGCGUCAGCUUGGACACAAGUCUGUGAUGGUAAACCACAACCCUGAGACGGUCAGUACGGACUUUGAUGAGUGUGACAGGCUGUACUUUGAGGAGCUCAGUCUAGAGAGAGUCCUGGAUAUUUAUCAACAAGAGGACAGCUGUGGGGUGAUAGUCUCCGUGGGGGGUCAGAUACCUAAUAACCUCGCUCUGCCCCUCUACAAUCACGGAGUCAGCAUUCUGGGCACCAGCCCCCUCAUGAUCGACGCGGCAGAGAACAGAUCCACCUUCUCCGCCAUCUUGGAUAAUUUAGGGAUAGGACAGCCAGAUUGGAGCGCCCUCAGCUCUUUGGACAAGGCCCUGGAAUUCGCCGCCAGUGUUGGAUACCCUUGUCUGCUGCGUCCAUCAUACAUUCUCAGCGGCUCCGCCAUGAAUGUGGCGUUUAAUCACGAACAGCUGAAGAUCUACUUGAGUCAGGCGACCCAAGUGUCACAGGAUUACCCCGUCGUCAUCACCAAGUUCAUAGAGGGCGCCAGAGAGGUAGAAAUGGAUGCUGUCGCUACGGAUGGCAAGGUUGUGGCUCACGCUAUAUGUGAACACGUGGAGAAUGCAGGUGUGCACAGCGGGGAUGCCACACUCAUCCUGCCCACCCAGACAAUCAACGCAGAGGCCCUGAAACAGAUAAGGGACGCCACCGCUAAGAUCGCUGCUCGUUUUGAGAUCACUGGCCCUUUCAACAUCCAGUUUUUGGUCAAAGAAAAUGAUGUCAAGGUUAUUGAGCUAAAUUUGAGGGCAUCACGGUCCUGUCCAUUUGUUUCCAAAACAAUUGGGACGGAUUUCAUCGCCACGGCAACGCAGGUGAUGCAGAAACAGCCCAUCAACGUCGAGGAACUGCCGACACUUGAAAACCCACAGAAUCCUCAAGAUUACGUUGGAAUAAAGGCAUCCAUGUUCUCAUGGCCACGACUCCGCGAUGCUGACCCUUUACUGAGAUGUGAAAUGGCCUCCACUGGAGAGGUGGCGUGUUUUGGAGCGACCAUCCACACAGCCUUUCUGAAGGCCAUGAUGUCAGCCGGGAUGAAACUCCCCCGCCCCAGCAGUAACAUCUUAGUAGGAGUACAACACUCUUUCCACCACAAGUUUCUCCCAGUCGCCAAAAAGCUGUAUGAUUUGGGAUAUCAGCUGUAUGCUACAGAAGCCACAGCCGCCUAUCUCAAUGCCCAUAACAUUGACACCAAAGUCGUGGGCUGGGCCUUCGAGAAAAACCAGCAUGGACAUCCCAUAGCAACCAAACUGAUACAGGAGAAGGAAAUUGACCUAGUGGUGAAUCUGCCUAAUCAUCAGACAAAGUACAUCCGAGACAAUUACCUGAUUCGCCGAGCGGCCAUUGAUUCGGGAACCCCACUUUUGACAAACUUUGAGGUGUUGAAGUUGUUCACGGAGGCUCUGGAGCACAGUGGUGAUGUCAUGGAUGCCACAAGUCUGUUUGACUAUCGCAAACCCAAGGGAGUUAAAUCUGCCAAUUAACGUCCGGCUGUUACAUGUACGAUGGUAACAACAGGAGGCUGUGAAAAGCGGACUGUGGUUGAUGGCCAAACAAGUCUGUCUUAAUGAAUAAAAAUUAAAAAGCACACUAUUCUAAAAUGAUUCAUAUUGCAGCCAGACUGUUUGUUGCCAGGGUCAGUCGUGCGUGUUGUUGUUCUUGGGUCAAACUAUGUGAGCUCAACACACACAUCCUCAAACAGCAUUUUGACAUAAUUAAGAGAUUUACUAGCUUUCCAUCAGCCAUUUUCAACAUAAAUGUUUGGUCAUGAAAAAUAUCAAGAUCUUGUAAAAAUUACUUUUACAUAUUUGAUUAAAUUUAGUGAAAUUCAAAGUAACAAGGUAACACCC